AUGUCAUAUUAUCUUGGCAUUGAGGUGAAGCAAUUAGAUGGAGGUAUUUUUAUCUUUCAAGAACGAUAUGCUAGAGAAAUUAUAAAGAAGUUCAAGAUAAUCAAUUCUAAUCCUGUUACAACUCCAACUGAAGUUGGGAUAAAACUGUCCAAAUAUGAAGAAGGAGAUGUUGAUCCUUCAUAUUUCAAAAGCUUAAUUGGAAGUUUGAGAUAUUUGGCUUGCACACGACUGUAUAUUCUUUUCAACGUUGGAUUGAUGAGUCAAUUUAUGGGAUCUUUUACAAUGACUCAUUUAAAAGUGGCAAAGAGAAUUCUUCGUUACCUUAAAGGUACACUUGAUUGUGGAUUAUUUUAUUCUCCAUCUAAAGAAUUCAAGCUUGAAGGUUGUUGUGAUAGUGAUUGGGCUGGAGAUGUUAAUGACCGAAAAAGUGCAAGUGGAUAUGUGUUCUUUGUUGGUAAUACUGCAUUUACUUGGAGUUCUAAGAAGCAACCUAUUGUGAUACUAUCUACUUGUGACUUGUGA